AUGGUCACCGGUGCCACCUUUAUCAUGCUCCGCCUGCUUAACGCCGUCAUUCUGGACACAGAUCAAUGGCGGAUGGGUCCGGAGCCGGAUACGAUAGUGUGCGUCUGGACUAUGGCCACGAUCCAUCUACAAGAUUUCCGCGAUGUUGAACGGGACUGCGUCACGCAUGCAGUCACAAUGCCUAUAGUCCUUUCGCCGGAGGGUCAGACAAAGCUUCGGUACACAACAGCUUGGGUCUUGAUGGGCGGAAAUAUCAUGAGCAUAUACUGGGUCUCGAUGUGA